AUGGCUGAAAGAAGGGCUAGCACAACUCGUUAUGUUAAACUUCGCAUAUUCGCCGGUCAGUUGCUCGCCGCUGUCCAAUCCAUUGUGAUAUCGGUUUCGGAGACUGCCACGACAAGGCAGGUAUUGAGAUUGACUCUCGGACAAUUGGAAAUAAAAGAAAAACCGGAAAAUUUCGAGUUGGUCGAGGUUUGCUAUCGAGACAGUGUUUUGGACCAGGACAGCGAGAGGGUCCUGAGCGGGUCUGACCAGCCCUAUCAAGUCCAACAGAGUUGGAGAAAGUUGCCUCCAAAGGUCAGAACUUCAUAUCGACUUUUUAUCCGAGAAAAGGUCGACGACAGAGACGAAACGAAACCAGAACUACUUCGACAACACUGGAUGGAUUGCCACGAAAGUGUAAGGAACUGCCACGAGUUAGACUUCGAUCUGGAAUCUAAACUUUCCGAUGAUGAUCUCUGUUGUUUACCAACGUUAUCAGAGCAAACUUUGCUCAAACAUUUGGAAGAAAGGUUUUCCCAAGGACGUAUUUAUACUUACGUAGGAGAAAUACUCAUCGCUGUGAACCCCUUUCGCUUUUUUCCUAUGUACAAUCCAAAAUUUAUAAAUGCAUACAACAACCGGAACUUAGGAUCCCUUCCUCCACAUAUUUUCGCUAUUGCCGAUGUUGCUUUUCAUCGUAUGCUGCGAGAGAAGAAAAGUCAGUGCGUUGUGAUAAGUGGCGAAAGUGGAUCUGGGAAAACGGAAAGUACUAAACUUAUUGUUCAUCAUUUGACGGCUUUGGGUCUCAAAACGCAAGCUACGUCAGUGGAGAAGACCAUUCUUGGAGUCGGUCCGGUCCUUGAGGUAUGUAAUUGCAUCAUAAUUCCCAGAUCUGAUUGUGUUUUGAGGCUUGAUUACAGCGCUUUUAUUUAAAGUUUACAUCUUUGACAAGUAUUCUCGAUGACCUGUGAUAUUGUUGUGGUUUGAUUGAGUAUUUGAAGUGAUCAAGUCGAGGACAAGGUUUUGAGUGAGUUGGGUUAGGAAUUAUUCCUCUGUAAAUUACCCUUGCUGAUUGAAUCAAUUAGUUUUUUUGUCACUUGAAAAUGUCUACGUUAAUGUAUUUGCUAGUCUCAAGUAAAGCUCACGCAAGAAAUUUCCAAAUUUUUCUAAAUUUCCAAAAGAAAAUAAUGUCAUAAUUCUUCGGGAAAAAAAAUGUCUCAAGACAAUUACACGCGAAUAAAUUUUGUAAAUAUAAGAAGCCACAAUAGUCUCUGCUCUAUAAUGAAAUUAAAAGUAAUUGAUUACUUGUCGCUUAAUUUUAGUCUCUUUACCUUGAGAACAAAAUCGAAAUAUCUAUCUGUAGUUGCAUUAGAAGUGCACAGUGACAGAUUAUUUCUUUGAGCUAUAGAUCUGUUUAUUCAAGUUUUUCACAGAACUAAUCUUAUGUCCCACGACUGCUAGGCAGAGGAGCAAUUCAUAUGAUAACUUGGAGGCCAGUUUGAAAAAAUUAACUAAAAACAUUCUUGUUGUAUUAAAAUUGAAAGCAGCACUAGUGCCUUUAAAUUAUUUUCAACUUUUUGGAAACAUCCUAGGUAAAAUCACAUUUUACAGUGUUGCAACAUUUCCGUAUACCCUUGCAUGUUUUGAAAUUCUAAAAAUGUAUGAGAUGGUCCAUGCUAAUGAUAUUUCUUGUAGGCAUGGAUUUCUUUUCCAUGACAUAUAUAUUCAGAGCAUUCACAAAGGAUACUUUUUGCUUUUCAUUGUGUAGAAUAUAUACCAGGGCAAGAAAUUUUUACAUUUUUUUAAUCUGAAACCCUGAUACUUCCUCAGAAUUUUGACAAAUUCUAUCAAAUCUUCACCUGAGGGAAGAUGGAAAUACAAAAGUUGUAUGAGUGUUAACAAAAUGUGUUUUGCAAGAGCAGUGAAAGUAUGGUUUUCUGCUUAUGAGUGUUUAUUCAGAGAACUUUCACUGUACAUCUUUAAGAUAUUUCUGUUUUUUUCAAUUGCUGACAUUUUCAAUUUCAGGCUUUUGGAAAUGCUAGUACGGCAUACAACAAUAAUUCAAGUAGAUUUGGAAAAUUCACACAAAUCAAGUUCAGGCCUGAUGGAGCUGUGUGUGGGUAUGUCUUUUUCUGAGAAUCAUUUUGUUAUAUAUUUUGUGGUUCAACCUUGCUUCCUGUUUCAAAUUUCUAAUGUUUACUGAUCUCCUUUGGGUUCAAAGAGAACCUUCAAUUCACAACAUUUGGUCAGUAAUUCUCCCUUUUAGCUCUUGUAAUUAAUGUAGCAGAGUAGUUAAGAGAAGGUUUAAUAAGUUGAAUGUCAAAAUAGAGCAGUUUGCAGGUGAGUUUUGUGAAGCAAAGCCAAGUGAAGUACCGGUAAUUGCAGAAUCCUCCAAAAAUUUGUCUCGAUUUGUAGCUUUUCAACUGGUUGAAACACCCAACUACCUGGGAAGCUCAUGGUUUGAAUCCCGUUGAAGUCUGAAUUUAUUUCACGCAUCUUUUCUCCAAUUUUUUAAAAUUUGCAGUCCACCUGCAAGGAUCAUUGAUUUGCUAGCUGGAAAAAAAAGAGUUACCAAGUUGUGAUUAGUUUUUGUUUUGCAUCUGACGGGUUGAUAGGCUGGUGUGAAUUUGCUAGAUAAAUCACUAUGCACAGUAGUACAGUACCAAAUGCAAUCUGGUUGUAGUGACACUCAACUAAAAAUUUGUAUUGACACCCACAAGUUGAUUUGUUCAUCUACUUCAAUCAUUUUUGGCUUGAUAAUGUAUGUAUCUAGGUUGUAACGAGAACUCUGAAGUUACAUGAUAAUUGCUUCAUGGAAUUAAAGUCAUAACAGAAUUUAAAAGUAAACAGUGUUUCCCUUUUAAUGUCAUGUUAAUUUUGUUAAGGCAGGAACACACUUGGUGCCAUUGUGCAACAUUGCAUUGUCUCUUCAGACUCAGUAACAUAGUAUUUUGCUUGAUAAGAAGAUUUGAAGAUGUGAAAUAGUCCAUGUGAGAUGAAUCAUUUAUGCUUGAACCUCUGAGAUGAUACUAAUUGAAGUGAAUUACUUUUGUUCACAGUGUUUACAUAAACUCAGUUAUAAUUGUGUUAACCCUUUAACUCCCAAGAUCUUAUCAGUAAUUCUCCUCACUGUCUGCCAUGAAAGACAGUAAGUAGAAUUACUGAUGAGAUCUUGGUAGUGAAAGGGUUAACUUGCAGUAUUUACUUUUGAUUGCAGUGGCUCAAAGCCUAUUCUACACUCCCAGUUUUAAUAAAUGUGUUCUCAACAAUCACUCGAGUCUAUGAUUUUCUUUCACUAGAGCUGCUUUGAGGAAAUAUUUGUUGGAAAAGUCAAGAAUUGUUUCUCAAGCUCCAGAGGAGAGGUAAACUUAAGAUUGUAUUAAAAUGUAUUUGCAUAAUUUAGUAAAUCAUGGGAAAUGAUAAAUAAAGUUUAACUAUAAGAAUGUCAUUAGUAACAGUUUUAGAGUAUGAACCAAGGCUGUAGAGUAUGUUCCACAAAUGUUUGUUUGGAUUAGAUGACUUGGGAAACUAUCCAUAUUAUAUUUUUCUGGAAUUUUGUGCACAGUGUUAUUUUAAGGUAAUAUAUUUGGUCAUAUCUUGUAGAAAUUACCAUGUGUUUUACUAUUUACUUGCUGGAGCAAGUCCUGAAGUUAAAGAGGAACUCCACCUCACAAAACCAGAGGAGUAUUGUUAUCUUAAUCAGGUAUUCCUUCACUUCUCUUAGUUAUUUUUUAAUGAUGCUCAGUGUGGUAGUUUUGUUUGACCCCACAUCAAUGCCUUGCGGAACGAGUUGGCCUUCAGUUUUCUGUUGAAAAGCAUCUGAAACAAGUUUAUGGCUUAGAAAAACCAUGAUUAUCUGUGAAAAACCAUGCAGUGUUUUAAUUAAAGAUGCCAUUUUAAAUUUGAUUGUAUUGUGUACAGGAUGUUGCAUUAUCUAAAUGAAAAAAUAAUGGCUUCCAUUAUGUGCCAGUGAUCAUUUCAGCAAGGUCUGAAUACACAAGUAUAAAUAGCUUGCUUAUGCAGCUUUCUUUGUGCUUACCUUUCACUUCACUGACAAACCUUUUUUUUGGUAACAAUGUUUUAGAUAAAGUCAAAACAUUGAACAGCUGUCAUUUUUGCAUUCUAUGAAAAGUGUGUUCAAAAUCUUUUGUCAUUUAUUCUCAAUUAGAACUUAAUGAAAUUAUGAAAGUUGACAUGUUUUUGAUGACUAUGAUAGAAUGACAUAUACGCAUCCCUUCUGAAGGAAGUGUUAGCUCCAGCACACCACUUUGACUUAUUCUAUUCUUAUUAAGUCUAAACAACAGUCUGGGAAGUCUGGAUGUAAUAUUGCUUAAAUUGGGCCAAAUUUAUUAUUACUCACUUAAACUUUGAACCAAGGUCAAUUUGUUGUUAAGUGAUAAAGAAUAUCUGCCCAAUCACUCCUAAUUUAAUGUCACUUUGGUUGAUGAAUGUAAUAUUAAUCCUUUUUUUAAUAUGCUGUCCUUUUAGUUCGAUAUAAUGCUCUUGGUUUUGAUUAUAAUAUCAUUUUUGUUAGACAACCAAUACUAUGCUUCUCAAUUUACAGAAUGAAUGCUAUUCCCUGGAAGGGAUCGAUGAAGCCUAUGAAUUUCUUAGACUAAAAAAGUCUAUGGAAAUGGUAGGCUUUCCUGCUGAUGUGCAUAAGAGGUGAUUUUACUUUGUUUUAUAGCCUAAUACUAUAAAGUCAGGGAAUAUGUCAUGUGAUAGUGGAAAUACUGUGGGAUAAUUUGGAGGUGUUAAAACCCUGCAUUCUUGUCUGGUAUUGGUAUUUCUUUUUUGAAAAUUUUCUUUCCUUUCUUUUUGUUUCCCUACAGAAUUUUUAGCAUUUUAUCUGCCGUACUGCAUAUUGGAAAUAUCAAGUUUUCACGGGUAUGAUCUUCUAUUUUUGUUUUUGUUUUGUUUUUAAUGUAUUUUCUGUUUCUAGCAUAUACAAAGUCAAUAUGAUUUUUGUUUUUCUUUAUCAGAGACCAGGACAGGAAGAAGCCAUGAUAAGGGACAGUGAAGAUCACACAAUCGACUUUGUGUGUGAUCUCCUAAUGGUGAGUGAUACAGAUGGGUAGAAUAAGAUCAGAAGAAUCUGAAUGAAAACAAUUUUGAACUUUUAUAAAAGCAUCUACAACCUUUCACUACUUCAAACAACUUAUGACAUCAUGUCUGAUAUGUAAACAAAAUUAUGCAAUUCAUGUUUUCAGUAGGUUUGUAAUAAAUCUAAAGCUUCUUUAAGAUCUAACUACUCUAACUUACAGUUGUAUCUUUGCCACAAAUACCACGUCCAUCGAUUUUGGUUGAACUCCUUCAGUUAUUGCUAAUGUGUAGAAUCAAUUCAAUUCGUAAUUAAUCAUUCAUGUCUAGAAGCAAUCACCCUCAGAUUAGUCUUUCCUUAAUGUGCUAUAUGUCAAUUGUUGUCAAUUUGUUUGGGUUCAGAUAAAUAUCUUUGUAAUUACUUUAAUUAAUUUUGAUUUGAUGUGCUGUUGUUGUAUUUCACUUGCUGCGUUGAUAAAUUGAGAGGUAGGCAUAUUUUGUUUAUGUCUUUCUGUUAUCUUACUCAGGUUACUCGGCGCAAUCUUGUUGAUGUUUUAACAACAAAGAAAACAAAAACCAGAAAUGAGCAGUUUAUUGUACCUUAUAAAUAUGAAGAGGUGAGUUUCAUAGCCUCUUGCUGUAAAUAAACAAUUUUUCAGUUGACUUAGAAAUUAUAUCUAGUGGAUGUCUUUAGAUAAUUUCAUAGAGCUUGUUGCAUAAGUAAUUAAAGCCUUGAAAGCCAGUUAUUUGGCUUUUUUAUGGUGAGAAAAUUCUGAUUUCCAAGGUAGCAAAAAUGAACAGGCAAAGAAAGAAAAGAAAUGGGAUUAAAACAAAAAAUUAGGAACAAACACACAAUAAUGCAAAGAUAUUCAUAACCUAGUGGUCAAUAAUGUUGAAAAAAAAAAUAGUGAAGUAUACCUUACUUUUUUCAGGCCAUAGCCACAAGAGAUGCAAUGGCAAAAGCACUGUAUGGCACUCUGUUUGACUGGAUUGUGUUGCAAGUGAACCAUGCAUUGGCUAUUAAGCAGUUGAAUGUAGUAGAGGUAGGCUUGUAUACAUUUUCAUUCAUCUGUGAAGUAAUAUUGUGUUUUUCACAUAACAGUGUUCCCACUAAUUGCAAGCUCCAUUUUAUAAACCUGAUACACAACCCAUUAUUUGCCCUGAUAAAAGGCUAACACUUGAAACGUCACCAGUAGAAACUCUUUAUGAUGGCCAAUUUUCACUCACUGUUAAUUUACAAUGUAGAUGAUACAACCAAAUUACCAAUACUUUCUACUGAUGCAGCAACACAGUUUUUUUUAAAACUAACCCCCUUUAUUUGCAUAUGCUGAGGCAGGGCCAUAAACUUUGUAACUUACCAUAAUUUCCAGCCAAUAACCCAUGGGUAACCUGUUCAUUUUUCCACAAACAGUUGUUGGUGCAGAUUUUAGGAAGGUGUGGGUAAUACAAUAAUUUUUAAAGCUUCCAGUGUGGUUGAAAAUGAUAAACAGGAAAUCAAAUCAAAAAAAAUGUGCAAUAACUCAUUUAUUUUGCGCAGAUUGCCCAUUACAGUAAGAGACUUUAUUGCUCUUGAUUAAAACUGAUGCAAAUCGAAAACAUGCAAAAAUCAAUAACAUAGCUUUUAUCUUGUUUGUACUCUUACUUUCUUACUUUCUGCCAGUGUGUGUAAUCUAUUGAAAUUUUGUUCUCGUUAUUGCACAAAUUGACGGAUGCGGUUAAUCUGCCACGCGGGUAAAUGGACGGAAAUUAUAUUAGUAGAAGUCCUCCUGGAUGAGUCUGUAGUUCUUAAAGCAAUGUUUAAAAUGUUCCCACUAUAGGUACUGUAUGUAAUAACUACUGCAUUGUUUAAUUUCAGGGAUGCUCCAUAGGAGUGUUGGAUAUUUUUGGAUUUGAAGAUUAUCUGCAUAACAGUUUUGAACAAUUCUGUAUCAAUUUUGCCAAUGAAAAGCUUCAAUUUUACUUCAACAAACAUGUGUUUAAGCUGGAGCAGGUAGGGACAUAUUGUCAACUUCCUUUUUUUCAAUGCAAUGUGAGGUGAGCCUCGAAAAGUAGUCGACAUGAAAGUUUUCACUUCAUGUAAAUGUUGUGGGAAACUUUGGCAAUCAAAGAAAAUUGAAUCGUUCAUUUUUGUUAGUGUAACUUUUCUAUCUCUCAUGAUCUUGUAACAAACAUAAGUACUGAGGUAAGAAGAAGGGCAAAGGUCACACUCACUGAUUCAGUUACUUUUGUAUAUGUUCCUGUGUGAAUGUAGACCUGUCUUUUGAUUUAUUUUUUUUUAGGAUGAAUAUAUUUCUGAAGGAAUUGAGUGGAGGAGUGUGGAGUUUGUUGACAAUGCAGCAUGUUUGGAUUUGAUUUCUGGUCGGCCAACAGGUCUAUUAAACUUGAUUGAUGAGGAGAGUAGGUAUGUCCACUAAUUAAUUUGAAUUGUGGGGCAGUUAUGUGUAGCUAUCAAUUCAGCAAGCAAUCCACCAAUUCAGAAUUUGGUCAGUGAUUUUGUCGGCUGGGUUGGCAGUCAAUCAGUUGCUUAGGCUGGCAGUCAAUCAGUCAGUCAAUUUCUUAAUCCAUUCAUUAAAAUAGGACCAACCAGACAGUUGUCCAGUGAAAGUAACUGUCUGUCCAUCUGUCUGUCAGUCUAUCUGUUUGUCUGUCUGUCUAUCUAUCUGUCUAUUUGUCUGUCCAUCAAAUGAAUAAUGGGGUAAGUUCAGUUCUAAAGAAGCUGUGGUGUUUUGUCGGUGGGGUAUUACAAGAUAAUUUAUCGGUUAAAUUGCCCACCGUAACCAGUUGUAAAGCUUACGUUUCGAGCGUUAGCCCUUCGCCAGAGCGAAUGACGAAAACUCGUAACAGUAGCCAAUUUACGUUAUCAACUCAGUUGAUAAAACUAACUUUUCCUGUCUAUCCAUCAGCCCGUCAGUCAGUCAGAUUAUUAGAAAGUGAGCAAGUCUGUACAGCAGUCAAUCACAAAGUUAAUCAGAUAGCCGCUCACUGAGUCAGUUAAUUCAUUUUGCCUCCAUUACCUCCUCAGUUUUCCCGGUGCCACGGAAAGUUCUUUACUAGCCAAGCUGGACAAGAAUCAUUCAGGCCACAAGUAUUACGAACAGUCCCUUAUACAUCAGGCAUUUGUCAUAAAGCAUUAUGCAGGAAAUGUAAAAUAUAACAUCCAGGUUGGUUCAUCACAAAAUCAAGGAAUAAUUUAGUCUAUGAGUACAAGUUGUUCAUGCAAAAUAAGUCAACAGAAAAUGGAGAUAACAAAUCUUAUAGUGUACAUCAUAAAUUCUGUUCACUUUUUUUACUGUAUAAAGGGAGGAAUAGUUUUCUUCGCAGCUGUGCUUAUGAAGUUUUGUCCGUCCCAUGGAUUGUUCCAGGCGUUUAGUUAGUAAAACGGGGCGAUUAUUAGUGGCAGAACGAUGACGGGGACGGGGUGCUUGGGGGGGGGGGGGGGGUUUGGUUUGGGUCGCGUAACGACCGUGACUCGACCCAAACCUCCUUCGUUUUUUCCAUCCUCUGCUUCUAUCGCGCCGUUUAAUAUCGUGCUUCGUUUUACUAACGGGACGCGCGGAACAGGCUGGACAUCCCAAAGGCAAUUGAGAAACUUAUUAGUGCCAUUGAAUUGCAGGGAUUUUUGGACAAGAACAGGGAUCUCAUGAGACCGGACAUCUUAAGCCUGCUCAAGAACAGUGAUUCAAGAUACGUGAGAGAUUUACUUGGUGAGAGCGAUUAUAGAGAGGUCCUUUUCACGCAUUCCUCUUCACGUAUUCCUCUUCACGCAUUUCUCUUCACGCAAUUGUCUUCACUACUAUGAAGGAGAUUGUUAGAUAAGUGGAAACCGUUAUUGUUUGGCUAGUAACCUUGCCACUGUUCUCUCAUUUUUUAAUUUGAUUUUCUUCCUUUCAGGAGCCGAUCCCUUGGCAGUAUACAGAUGGUCGAUUCUCAGGUCGUUUUUCAAGGCAGUACAUGCUUUCAAAGUGGCUGGCAGAGAAUAUCGUUCAAGUAAGAAAAUAAUAAAAGAAAACACUUGUAUUUCCCCAAGAGAUCUCUCUCCAGAAUUUAAAUGACCUUGGUUUUUUUUUUUUUUCUAAUAGCUUAGCGCGCGCGCAAGGCCUACCUGUUUCCUUAGUAACUACCAUAGUAAAAAUCCUUAUGUACCGCACAGCCGUGCUUCCGUAACACGACGUGCGCAGUUUCACUUCGCUCGAAAGUUCUCGUCCAGUUUGGCCGCGAGGUUUCAAAACUUUCAAGAUUGCUUUCCCGUUCUGUCCCGUUGAAGAUAGACCUUUUGGAGCUCAAAAUGAAAAGAGAAUAUGCGAUACUUCAUUCCCAAACGCGAUGCGAAUUAUGGCUGUAAACAAAAAUGAGCUUUCGGACUUCAACUAAGGCUUUGCGACAUUUGGGAUUCUUCAUAUGAACGGUAAAUAUUAUUUUGAAGUGUUUAUAUGUCCCAAAAGUCUUGUUCAAAAGAAGAUGAUGAUUAUCGUUCAAUUUCAGAAUUUUCAACACAAAGCUCCGCAGUUUUCUGGUCUUAAUUUUUAGUAAACAACAAGCAGGGUAAAUCUACCACAAGAGUCUCGUAUAUUCAGGAAAUUUGUUAGUUUUUCGCUUCGUUUUUCGAACGGUUGAUAUUAUUUUUAAGUGUUGAUAUUUCCUUAAAGUGUUGAUCAAUAGCAGAUUUUAAUUUAAAACCGUAGAACUUCAGAAUUUUCGAAAUUUUCAACACAAACCUAGGCAAUUUUCUGGUCGUGAAUUCUAGCAAAAAACGAUUCAAGCAUGCUGAAUCUACUACGCGGUCUCGUACAUGCAAGGAAUUCGUUUGUUUUCCACUUCUGAGCUGAAAAUUUACAAUUCUUUUUUUAAGAACUACUAAAAUUAGAAGUGUUCAGGAACUACUAAAAGAAGGAAUGUUCUGAAUAAGUGUUUUGGAAUUAGGCCCGUUAGAUUAUCAUGAAAUCCUUAUGCGAGUCUCGUGAGCCUUGGUUUGGUACGUGCUGCAAGAUAAGAUAUUUAUUUAUACCUUGUGAGUAAUGUGUCCUUGACCGUUGUAGUAGAGCUCGUACGAUGAUCGUCAUCAUUGGUCCUGUUUUCAUUUGUCCUCGGCCUUGCUUAGAGUCCUCAAUGGGAGGUUUUGUUUAGGUUUUAGUUCUCGAAGAUUGGUCGUUGUUAAGUACUUUGUUGUUCAUUUCGAAUGUCUCGUGAGAUUGUUUUGGUUUACAUUCGAAAAAUAUGUUUACUCUGCCAAGGUCAGUUGUCCGGUAAGCCCAAACAUGCCUAUCGAUAGGGUAUUUAAGAGCGUGUACUUACAGCUGAAUAAGUAGAAGAGAGAUGGAUUCUCAGAGUAAAAUGAAGUUCCUGAACAGACUCCUGGUGACUCCUGUUUGCGCGCAGUGUUCGUGGUCGUUUAUGCCUUUUCAUUUAUUCAUAGUUUUCGGGUAAAUUCGAUACAGUUUUAAUAAACUCUUUUUUUCCAAGCAGAACUUGUAUCUGCAUGCUAUGUUCCAAAAGAAGUGGUUCAUGCUUUAGCUCUGCGUAUGUCGAGUUAUGAAUGGGAAGUGUGAAGAGCACUCAAGCAGCUAGAGUUGCCCUAGGCUGCGCCUCGAGCAACUCUCACGCAUCUCUCGUGCUCUCCAAACUUCCCGCAUAAGAGCAUCAAUAAGUCGAUGUACGCACACUAAGCAUGUACCAAUUCUUUAGUGUUACGUACUCUGUAGGAGCUUGACUUUGGCAACAACAAAAAAAAACCCUCUUAGAUUUGGUAGUGCUUCAAAGCCCGAUUUUCUUUUAGCUGAGAAAAAUAUAGUUUUAUCCCCAGUCUACAUUCGUUUUCUUUUAAAAACUUUUCAUUUUGUAGGUGGAAAAGCAAAUGAUCGCGUAGUUACAAGUCCUGGAGGACGAAAGAGGAAAACUGUAAGAAAACUUAAUGAAUACUGUUAUACUUAAUGAAUACUACCCUAUCUUCCGUUUUUUUCCUCAUGAUUAGAUACCAUCUGUGAAGCUAUAGUCAUGAAAAGAGUGUAACUAGUAGAGAGAACUCUCGCUUCCCAUCGGUGUGGUUCUGAAUGGCCAUGGUUCCGUUCUCAGGCCUGGUCUUCGUGUGUUAAAUUUUCUUCAGUUUUUGUUAUUUUUCGUUGUGGGUAUUCUUGUUGUCCUUUGUACUGAAAAUCUCAGCGUUUAUUUUGAUUGUAAUUUAUUUCAUUUACUCCAAGAGUUUGUGUUAGUGGAAUCUUCAUUGGACUAAGAGGAUUUAAAGAUCUACUUUUUUAGCACACGUAAUCCGUGUUGUAAGACUAUUUAACGUAAAACAGCUAACCGUAUCGUUUAUUCUUAAUACUUUACUCUUAAUACUUUGUACAGUAACUUUGUAAUGAAGAAAUAGGAAAUGAAUGAAUAAUCAAUUGUAACAGAUGAAUAGAUGAAUGAAUGAAUUAAUACUGAACUAAACUGAUGAACUGUGGAAAUAGAGGAAGAAAAAACACUUAAGCUUUUUACCAGAGAUACACGAACUUCCUUGAUUGAAGCAAUAAACUGAGUCAGUGCCAACAUAUUUAUUACUUAAGUUGAUAACCCUGGCCCAUGAUAAAUUAAUCUUGGCAAUAAGAUCUCUUAUGAUAUUAAAAAUUAGCGACCUUUAUCUCUUAAAAAAAUAUAAAGACCGUCCGCUUCUUUUGCAUGGCCGUGUUGCCUUUUCCGUUUAGCAGCUAUCAUUAACCACGCGGUUGAAGUAAGAAACUGUUGUUUAAAUCCGUUAGGUCUACAGAGAUUGGGAGCAAGAUACUGUGAGUCAAUUUUUAUCGAGUUAUAAGCAGUUUUAUAAAUAUAAAAGUCUCUUCAGAGAAAUCUAAACAUAGUUUUCUUUAAUUGAAAGAAGUAACAACUAAACGCAAAUGACAAUACGUUUUAGAUAAUAAUUCAAGUAUUCGAGUUAGGGUUUGAACUACAAUAAUCUUUCUUUGAUCAGGAGUAGGUUAAUUCUGCUACUUAAAGUUUAAACCUUAUUUUUUAAUUUAUUAUAUCCAUUUUGAAAUCAUUGGUGAUCCUUGUAAUCUGACUGGCUCUCGUUGGUGUGAUUUAUUCAAGAAUCGCACCAUUUUAUUGCUCAUGGUCAAAGUUUUUUACCAGCCAAUGAGGAAGAUUAACUACAUUACAAUAACCAAUUGCUUGUUUAACAAAACCAAUCAAAUUGCAGAAAUAUGUAAAACAUCUUUUGCAACUUUCUACAAACCAGCUCACUCGGCGAUCAACAAAACGUUUUUACAGGCUAAAAAAUCCUGUAUCUGAGCGACUGAAUUUUGCGAUCUUAAAAUGGAUGUAAUAAAGUUGUAAAUGAACUUCGUGUCGUGCACUUGUGAUUUCAAGUUAAACUCGUGCUGCGCACUCGUUUGAUUUUGAACUCAUGCAUAUGAUUUCAGACCAAACUGGACUCCACUCUUACUUUGAUAUAUUUAUCCUUGUCUGGCAUAGUGUGAACUUACUUUUUGUCCAGCUACCAGAAGGUUUGAGUGCACAGUUGAUGAGAGCAAUGACUGCAUCGCUAUCACAGAAAUUGACCGUGGUUCUAUUCUCUUGACAGCUUCUUAAUGAAACUUGUAACUGUAAGCUAAACCACGUAGACCUGCAACGCGCAGAUAUAUGAAUUUCUUCUUUUUUGUUGCAGAUCAUGAAGGGUUCAAGGUAAGUCUCGCUCUCGUUAUAGAUUUUGUGGAUCGUACAAGUUUCGCAAAGCAAAUAACGUGGGUGAUUUUUGUCACAAAAAGUAAUGCUUGAAUACUUUUGUUUUAUAUAAGACUGCAUGCUGUUAAUUCUGAUGAGGGACACUCAAACCACGAAACAGCCAAUCUGUUUCGAACAGCUGCAAGGGUGAUCAGGUUCGUUUAAGUUCCUUUGUUUGUUUUUUUGAUAUGUUCGAAAUUUUGAAAUUAAUGGCGAGAAGAGAGAUGUAGAAGUUCAAGCGUUUGGCUUGUUUUUGCGCUGAGUUCUUAUUGGCUCUCUGUGUAGAAUCCCUUCGUUUUAAUUGGCUUCGGUAAUUGCUUUUGUUUUGAUUUUCUCGACACUAUGUCGAAAUGUGCACUGUCACGUCUCUUCACUAACAUCUCUCUUUUAUUCUCAUUUUUUGCAGGAGGAAGCAAAGUAACAAACCGUCGGCCAAGGUGGGAACAGUACUUUCAUCUCUAUCCUUUUUUAAUUUCCUGUAUUAAAAAAUUUCUUAAAGGCUCUCCUCUCCAGCACUCGUUUCGCCUUUCAAACCGCAGAAAAAGUACUCUUGAUGUUUAUUUUAAAAUUCACUUCGUUGUGGUGAAUUUUUUUUUUUUUUUCAGCCGCUGUCUAAGAUUCGUCAAGGUCUAGAAACUAAACGCGACAUGACUGUACGAACGUUCGAUUACCUGUUCAGAACGAUGCAGCGAGGAAAAGGAACGCCCAAAAACCCACCGACAGUCAGCGCUCAGUUUCAGGUUUGUUCCUGUGCGUGGUCAAUUUUGCCUGUAGAGGUUUAGGUGGGAACGUGGCAGAUUGAAGCGUUGAACAUUAACUAAUUUGCCUUGAGCUCAUCGCGGUGAUUUAUUUUUGAAGCCUGCUACCAUGCUGGCGGUUUUUUUUCUAACAGAAGUAUGAUAUACAUGAAGCACGGAUGAAUGACGAGUCGGAUGACGUACUUAAACUUUGCGUUUUCUUAUUUUCUUUCCUUUUCUUUCAGUCGUCUCUUAGUCGUCUAGUGGAGCUUCUGGAGGAAGCCCAGCCUUUCUUUGUCCGCUGCAUCAGAUCCAACGCAGAGAAAGUAAGUUUAUCAUUAAACAUCUCUUAGCAUUGACCAUCAGAUUCCUUCAACCCCUUAACUUCUUCCUAAUCGGUUUGGAAGGUCUCUCUAUAAUUCUGAUUUAUUUGCAAGCAUAACGACAUUGAGAAUUAUGAGAAUUGUGAACCGGGGAUAUUGUUUCAUUUCACUGAAUCCGAAGAACCGGCCAACAAGUCGUUGAAUGGCCAACUGUUAGAUCUUGGGACGUGUUUCGAAAAUCCAAGACUCUGUCUGAUCAAAUUGAUAAUAUUUUUCGGAGAGAACCUACACGUUCAUUUUUCAUCAAUUAAUUUUUUUUUCCUGUUCCUUUCCCAGGCUCCAAUGAAAUUCGAUCGCGAUCUGGUGGUUCGUCAACUGAGAUACACUGGCAUGCUGGAGACUGUCCGAAUUAGGACUCUUGGCUAUCAGUGGCGGUUCACGUUUGAGGUUAGCAAUGUAGCUUGUACUUUAUUCUGCUGUUUCUCUAUUUCUCUACUGAUGAACCUCGUGUAUGGCUUAGCUUCUUAUCAAGUUUUCUGCGGCUCAAUGGGUAGCACAGCCUACUGUGAAAUCGGAACUUUCAUUUAUGCCUUCUAACUACUUAGUUCCUGUUUGAUUUUGCUGAUGAAUGCAUACUUGUGGUAGUAAUUCCCUGAAAUCGUAUUUUCCGGUUUGUGUAAUUACUCGUUGCAUAUAACUUUAGCAUUCUCAAACCAUCCAGCUAUUACAACUUCCGUUAAGAUCCUUAUCUUUGUAGAAAGUGUUCCCUAGAUUUCCUAAAUAGGAUUCGUCAACGAAACCUAAUAGUAUACGUAAAGAGAGAUGAAAACCGAAGUUUGACACGCCUUGACGUGUUAGUCAGAGGUCACUUGUAGAACCUGUGUUUUACCCGCAAAAAUGCAUAUACCAUGUUCUUUUUCUAAAAACUAUAAGCAAUUUGGUAGGUCACUGUUGGGAAGACUCCGUUUGAAAAGUUUGCGCCUUGAUAAUUCCAGCUAACAAGAUUAUUAUUUUGAUUACUCUGGACUGAUUACAGUGAUAAAACGUGACUUUGUCUUUUGCUCUGUCCCCUUUCACCCCGCCCCCACACUUUUUUCCCUAAAUUUAUUGGAUUUUGUCCGACCAAUUCCGAUGUAUGGUAGACAGAAUUUCAGAAUUUUACUUUCAACUGCUAUUUGUGCAACAACUAUUUUUAAAUGAUUGGUGAACAGCUCCUCAGUGAAACCUUAGAAAGAAGUUUAUUUUCAAAUUCAAACUGAGUUUGUCAUCGAAUCAGGGAUCUUCAUUAGAAAUGAGUGAGUGUUUCCAUUCGUGUAGUCUCUCAGUCGCUGUGAUUGUUUGGUCUAAUCUCAAAGGAAACUUAGAUAUCAAGAGGAAAUCUGCAAAUUUCACACUUAUGGUUUCAUUCUGUUUGGUUUUUGUCCCAUCUGUUCACUCACAGACGUACGCUGUUACGUGACGCAACCAUCUCUUGUAGGGUGGGGAGGGGGGCGUUGCGUGACAUCCCCAAAGAACGGUUGGCAAAGAGACUUGUCUGGUUGUCGCGCGAGGAAAUGAAAUGUUAAUUAGUGUUAAUUGGACGCGAACCAUGUUCAGCUCAAGGCCGUGGAUAAUCCUCAUCUGUGUGCAAUAAAUCCUAUUACAGGUCCCAAAGAACCUCUUGAGCUAAAAAAUAUAACAUUUUAUCAAGGGAUAGCUUCUUGUUGGUUAAUUGACUCCCUUUGUUGUAUUAGUGCUCAAGGUAGCAAAACACUUAAGAUAUACUUACAGCUUACGAAUAGUUUCGAUGGUAUUAACCCCUUUGGGUCGUUGUUUUUGGAUUUGUCAGUCGGAACAUUACCUAUUUAUCUAGUUUCGUCUGGUGGUUCUUCGCUUUGUCACCAAACGCGAUUGACUAAUUCUACCUUAUCUGUACAGUUUUCCUUUUGCGACAAGUUUUGUAUUAAGGCGGUCAUUUUUUAAAGAUUGAUUUGAGUGGUGUUUGGGUGAUUGUUUGAAUAGUUUGCGUGGCAUCAUUAAUCUUGUAGCCGGGAUAAACUGCUAAAUGCCAUAGUUCGUCCAUUCAAACAGUCAUGUGUACCCGCUAAAAUAUCUUAAUCAUUCACAACUAUUCUUUAGGCAUUAAUAAACAGUGAUAGUCAACUGUUAGCCUUUAACUUCCAGUCAUUCUCGAUAACUCGCUCUUUCGUGAGUUCUUCGCGGUUUAAUCCCUGUCUCGUGUCGUUAAACCUGCAGAGAAGGAGUUAUGACUGCCAAGUAUGAAAAGCUUAGUAAUCCCCCGUCGUAGAUGUUGUUAUUGUUACCAUAACGUACUGUUGUCAGACAAGACGGAUUCAAGAAAAAGCUUUAAAGAGUGAGCAGAAAAACCCGCAGACCAUGAUUAGUGUGUAAAGCUUUGUAAAAGAGUUUAAAACGGAAAUCAGUGUAGUUGUACUCUCCUAAUCGCCCAACGAGAUAAUCAAAAUCUGAUCAUUUGAUUUACGCUGGUGAAAUAAAGUCGAAGCAUAAGAGAUGAAGCCGAACGGAUAAGACUUAGAAUCGGAAAUCAGUCUUUUAUGGAAGUUUAUAUCAACGCAGUCAUACUUCGCGCGACUCAGGAGCCUUGGCAGUUUUCGGUCAAAGAUUUCGGGCGUUUUUGUAAAUUUACUUUGUCGUUAACGGAACAUUUUGGCAGAUUUCAGAUACUUGGAAUGGUUCACGUGGCAAAAGGAUUCAAAUUUUGAUAGUUUACCCUUUCAAUUUUAUUUUCGAUUUUUGAGGAUUCGUACAAAUGCCUUAGUUGAUUGCUUCGCGUGCUAAUGUUUAUUUGGAGUGUCUUUAACUCUUAAAAUUUUUUUCCACCUAAAGCGUAAAGUAUUUUAGAUAUGACCUCGUUUGGUUUAGGUUUAGUUUCCUUUUUUCAACGAUCUGUAGCAAUUUUUUCGAGUAGAUAUUCUUCGCGGGGCUUUUGACAGAAUGAAAUUUGUAUGUCACUUUUCACUUUCAGGAGUUAUUAUAUGUAUCUGCCCAUUACAGUCUGAAUACAUUGUCACGGUCGCAGGUGUUGAGAGUAGAUAUACGUAUCGGUUGAAGGGAUUUUAUCUUGAUAGAAAUGCCAAAUUCUCUAAUUGAUUCACGAGGAAGUUUGAAGCAGCAAGUAGCGGGAGUUUUCUCGAACAACCUUGCGUUACAGACUUGAUGACUAAACCGGAUAUCUCGUGGUCAAACCUUCUUGAUCGCUUGCUCGAGAUCAGCAGGUGAUCGGAAAAGCGUCACUUGAUAUUUUGGAUCAUAUGCAAAAUAUAAUACUAAGAAAAAUUCCCGGCUUGAUUACAGUGUCUUGAUCUGUCGCAAAAACGCGUCAGAUGAAGGAAAGUGGUGGCAUGGAUUUGCCGGCGCUCGUAGUUAGGCAGUGGAAAUUUUGUUCGUCACACCCUUUAUUUUCGCUUAAGCGGAAGAAUCGCCCAGUCAUGACUAUGAUGCGGUAAGCUUGAGCUCUACUGAAGGCGAAAACUCGUUUUUCGGUUUGUUGUCGUGAUUGAAUGUACAACGUAACAAUGGUUUUGAAAUGUGUGUUUUCCUCUGCGUGGAAAGUCGGUGUUGGAGGUUCAAAGAUUCUUUUACUCCUCGCCUUCACUGUGUUUCUAUUAAUCAAGGUAAGAUGUACACCGUAAUUCGUGUCUUACUGGCCGAAACUCGAGAAUUUUAUGUCCUCUUUCGACAACAAUAGUAUUUUCCUUCAACAGGUGCUACUCAAAACAGUGUGCUACGUAUUAAAUGACAGCAAUAUUUGACCAUGUUGUAGCAUUGAGACAAGGCUUUCAUUUUUGGCGAAUUUUUACUCAUCCGGUCUUUGUUUGACUACAAGACAAAAAUAGAUUUCAGUCGUAAAUCUUUAGACACCAAAAUUCUUUAGAACGCCUAUCAUCUCUAAAGCAAUUAUUAGUAUUAGCCUCGAACGACCCUGAUAGAUUUUUAAUCUGGAUUAUUUGGUAACAUGUUUGAAAGUUAAUCUCAUCAUUUUUGUCUUCAGUUUAUAUCAGCUAGGCCUUGAAAGAUCACGCAUGUAAAAAACGAAAUUAUAUUUAUUUCAGCCACACGUACUGCGAACAAUUCCCUACGAAGAAUUCUCGAUGGUACUUCCGGCAAUUGUGGAGUUUAAUUUUAACUAUUAAUCAUCGAUUUGUAUGUCGUGUCUGUUAUUUUGGUGUAUAUUUUGUUGUGGUAAGGGCUCUCGAGACGUCCAAAAUAGACAGAAUUGAUUUGAAAACUGAUAUUUUUAAUAGUUUUUUUUUGCUGGCACGACUACAACGCGCUCGCUUCACGCAAACACAGAUUAUAGGACGUGAUCGAUGACCUGAUUGUGACGUUGUUUGAGGACUUUUAUCGUCGGUCAUUGACCUUAGUCCGUCAAAACGUAAAUGAUGCAUUUGUAUUGCAGCACUUUUUAUUUUAAUUCGCGUUUGUUUUAUUGCAUUACGUAGCUGUACAUGAAGCGGGUGAAAGGUUUUACCGAUAACUUUGUCAAAUAAUUAAUUUUAUUUUAUCGAAAAUAUAGAACAGUAUGGUCAGAAAAAAAGGUUUUUUCCUACGAGACCAGAGGAAACCGCAAGUGAUCAAAAUAUAUGAAACAUAUUUUACUGUCGAAUUUAAUGUAAUACUUUUUAGAAGGGAUACUUUUGUCUGUAAUAAUGAAGAAUCACCUCCUCGACUUAGCUUUGUCGCGUGAUUUUUUCUCUUUAAAGUUUGGUGCGAAUCUUUGAUCCAUCCAGUUCUAGCGAGUCGUCGUUGUAGAAGGACAGACCUGUAUAUGUAUUUCCAACCGGUUUCCAUCCGGUUUGCAACUGGUAUUCAGUCUAAACAAUUUAAAAUGAUAAUUGCCCAUUCUAUAUUAUUUGAUACGUAUAUUAAUGCUGUUGAGAGAUACAUAGAUUCGUCUAUAAUAAAGGGCAAAAGUCAAAGCAGCUUGUCGCCCCAAACAAUAUUCAAUGCCUCUUUAAUCGUGUUAAGUGACGUUAAAUUUUGUUAUUAGGUUCUCUUUUUUUUUUCCUUCUGACGAUGAAUUAUUUCUUGAAGGCAAAAUGUUUCUUUUUUGUGUUACCGACAAGGUUUUCUUAUUCACUUUCCAUUAUCAAGGCUUGACGUGAACAAUUUUGAUGUCGCUAGACAGAAAAGAUAUCCGACCUUGAAAUUAAUGAGCUUCAUGUCUGCACAAGUGUUAAUCUUGAUUAUGUUUAGGUAGGGUGCUCAAUUCUAAUAGACUUUGAAUUACGGAAACAAAUAAGUUGCCAAAGCAACAAACAACAACAGUGUCGACAGCAUGAAAAAAAAAAAAAAAAAAAAAAAAGGUGUGCAAUUUGGAAACUGUUGAUGACAAAGCUAUCACUCUUCGAACAGUGUUGUUAUAUCGAAGUCGGAAAAAAUUAAUGAAACAGGCCAUAUUUGGUAGUUUGGUUGAUAAUGACCCGUCUGCUUUGAGAGAAGCGCCGGUUCAAUUAGCAUUAAAGCCAGACUGAAUUAGUUUUUCACUCACUCAGUAUUUACUUUCUGCAAUUAACGUGUUAGAGUCUAUUUGUCACUUGUUUUUAUCUUUGAUGUCAGUGUCUUCUUCACACCCAAUAACGUUUGUACUUUCCCUUUUAAUUGUGGCCUCUGAGCAAUGCUUUAGGGCGGAAAUGCAGAAUCAUUGCAGGAGUUACAUAGCAAUAUUUUGAAUAACUCAUUUGACGUGCAAGUUUCAACUUGAAUUUCGAAGUAACCACUAGAAUGAGGUUAAUAAACACGAAAAGGGCUACAUCCAACCCAAUACAACAUUUACAGUCGAGGACGAAGUAGAUUUAUACGCACUGAACUUGAUAUUUAACGUCGCGUGAGGAACUUUAGGAUUAAGCAUACCUUUUUUAGCUCCUAUUACGCCGAGAGAAAGAACGGUAAUUAUGAGUUAAGUGAGUUAAGUGAGUUUCCUGUAAUUGCCUCCAUUCUAGCAGCUUAUAUUUCGCUGAAACUUUGUAACCACCACUCCACAUUGUCGUCCGCACAUUUCUUGUAGUGCUAAUGCUUGAGCAGUUAAGAAUUUUUUUUUUUUUAUUUUCAUUUCUUUUAUGCAAUCUCAUGAUCUUAUGAUGUUUAAUUCAAUAGUGAUACUGCAAGAAGACAUCAGAUGUUAGUGACUCUUGGAGUUAAAGGGUAUAGCGCAAAGGAUCGAUUCUUUAAACGUAGUCAAACGUAGGCGAAGGUUGUAGGAAACCAGUGCACUUCGCCAUUUCCUUCUUGGUGGUUUGUUUAAAGCUAAUGGAUGUUUUUUUCCUUGGGAGCUCUACACCCUCUUUACACUUUUUUCAAAACUUACCUUGUGCUUAAGCAUUUGGCAGAAUUGAAGAUGGUUUAGAAUGCUGCUUUACUAAACAAUGGUUAAGCCUAAUUUGAAUUACAAGUCCAAAACGUUUCUUCUCUAUUUUUUUCUCCUUCAGGAAUUUGUGAAACGGUACAGCUUACUGUUUCCGCGCAAGGAAGUCAGAGAUGUGCGCGAAGAGAUGCCGGGUAUUCUAGAAACAUUGAAACUGGAUCCUCGUGAGUUCCAGAUAGGCAAAGAAAAAGUAAGUGGCUGUUAAUUAGAUAAAAGUAGCAAAAAAAUUGAUUCAUCCAAUUAAUGAACCUGACGAUUGAUUCAUGCAUUCCUUGGUUGACUGUUGUUGAUCCCGUAGACGCUGCGGGACGAGCGUUUCUCUUCAAGCGGGAAGUUUGGAGACGGGUCUGGCACUAAUAAUGAGUGCUGAACUCUUUGUAGACUUCGCUGUGCUGAAAGCCUUGCACUUUUCCGCAGCGAAGAAACACUCGUGUAAAAGCGAAUAACUAGAAUAAGCCAUGCGAGACCGCCAAUAGUUAACCAGUCAAUCCAUGAAUCAAUCAUCAAGCUCAUUAACUGGAUUAAUUUAAUUUCUUCUGCUUGUAUCUAAUAAAUCAACUUCCAAAAAUAUGUACAAGUAUCACAAGGAACCAAGUUUAAAUUUUUUUCGUUUUUUUUCUCUUUUGUCCCAGGUGUUUCUGCGAGAUAGUCAACAUGCCUUGUUGCAAUCUCGGCUGCACUUGGAGCAGAUCCACAAAAUCUGUGUGUUACAACGAUGGGUCAAAGGUGCUCUGCAGAGAAAGCAGUUCAUUCGCCAAAAAAAUGCUGCUGUCAUGAUACAGGUAAGGACAGAGAAUGGAGGACUUCCUCUGUCGACAAUGGAUCUUUGGACAUUUGGUUAGGAAUGCAAGGGGAGUCAAAACUCCUCUUCCCCCUCCCCCCCUUAAAAAAAAACGAGGGCAAGACACGGUCAUUGGACACAUCUGAGGGUACCUUUCCUUGUUGAGGGACGGUGUCUAGAAAUAUUCUCGAGGAAUUUUUUUAAAAUUCCUAUAGUAAUUGUAAAACUAGUCUCAAGCAAAGUUAGGGUCUCUUUGAGUGAGACAUUUAUAGAACAUUUUGAUUUCACUUCAGGCCUGCUGGCGUGGUUACUUAGCUCGUAGUUACCUCGAGGUUCAGUCUCUUGCUUCUCUUCGGAUCCAGUCCUUUUGGCGAAUGUACUUGGCGCGGCGUGAGUAUCACCGCAUUCGUAAGAGAGUUAUAUUGCUUCAAAGUCACGCAAGGGGAUACCUGGCGAGAAGAAGGUUUGUGACAUUGGUUAAUUGCAUUUUAGCAAUUAAUAAUUGUAAUCAUAGUCUGGCUGAUAACGUACUGCUCGUUCCGCUUCGCGUUUUUAUUUUUUUACCUUUUGUUUUUACUUCUUUCAAAGAUCUGGUCCCAUUUAUGGGAUGGUGCAUAAAUGGUGCAGGUUAAAUCACUGCACGAGAGAAUCACGUAAAAAAACUUAAUUUUUUUAAGGUUUCAUUCCUGAAGCAAUCCAUCUUUAGUUAUUUUUAGAUCACGCCUAUUUUCGGAGAUCCUAAGAGGAUCUUAAAAUAACCGCCAAUUCUGUCUCACUCACGGUUUCAUUCUAUGCAACUCCUUUUCGUUCUCCUUCGAAAAAAUUCAAGCAACAUGCGAGGUACACUCGUCAUACCCGAGAAGCUACACUCCAUGAGUCUACAACUAACAUAAAUUCAUCUUCUUUUGACUAAUGAUGUUAAACAUUUACCUUACAUUCUUUGAAUUACUUGCUUAACUUUGAGAUGAGUAAUUGAAAUGAUAAAGAUGUUUCACCUGAGCGAAGGAAACACACAAAGGAAACUGCCCUCUUGACGAAUCGAACCCCAUACCUUCAAAUUCGGUACUCGAGCUAAGCAGUUACCGUGUUUAUAUCUGACACGUGAGCCGCACACCGUUAAGGUUAGCUCUGUUGAAAGCGUCAUCUUGAUAUAAGGAUGACGCUGAGAAUUUUCCUCAUGUAGAGCAGACCGCUAUCGUAGAGAGACUCUACGCGUAACAUCUUUAUUACACUUUUCACGUUUUAAUUUAUCUCUCGCCAGGCAUUCGCAAAUACUUGAAGAGCACGAGAUGAAGCCCUUAUCUCCGUAAGAUUUUUCUCAAAAGUUUCUUUAAAUUGCUCAUCAAUUGUCUAGCAACCGAUAGUUUUCAUACCAGACUUCACCUUAUCAUUCUUUCGUUUGUUCUUCAGUCUUCAGGAAUCUCUUCGGCAUUUGAAUCGAUCUCUUAGUGACCCUCAAGGCUACAAUGCACUUGAAAGUGAUAAGCAAGAACUUGCACAUAUUUACGAAGAAAUUAAAAGUCCAGGAUCGCCCAGGCAACGAAGUUCUUCCAAGUAAGAAUAUUUAGAGGACGAUAUUUUUCGUCUUGUCGCGAGCGUGGGAAAAAGAAAAACCUUUGAGUCUCCAUGAGGAAUCGAAUCUCAGAUCUUCGGAUUCCGCGCUCCGAUGUUCUUCGCGGAAUCGGAAGGUCUCAGGUUCGAUUCCUCAUGGAGAAUCAGAAUUUUUCCUCUGCCCCACGCUCGUGGCAAGACGAAAAAAUCCUUCUCUAUUUCUCUACCGAGCUCAAAACUUACCAUCAACAAGAAUACUUUGCCUUAUUAUAUCUUAUUAUUAUUGCUAGGAUAAGAUCAUUUUGUUUUAUUAACUGAGUUGAUGAUGUUGAUCGUCCAUCGUGAAGAGUUCCUAAAGCUAACGUUUCUUUCACUCUGACGAAGGGCUAACGGUCGAAUCGUCAGCUUCAGAAACUCUUUAUUGUGGUCAAGUUGCAGUAAUGACUCAUUUAUUAAAACCAAAUUAUCUUGUAAAACCCCCUGCCGACGCAGCACUACAGUUUCUUUAGCUUUAUCCUAAGCUAUCUGUCGUAUAGGAUCAUACUACGGGUCCUGUGGAAUUAAAAAUUUCAAUUUCUUAAAACUUGUGUGAGCUUCAUCCGCUUAAAGAUUUUAGUGGAAAGUACUACGAUAGUGUAUGUACUUUUUGUUUUGUAAGGCGUUGUGAAAAUAGUUUAGCAGCAAAAGAGAAAUCUCAAGGAUAAAGUAUAUGAUAAACAAUUGACAACACCGAUAAGGGUUGUAAAUGGUAACUUUGAUUAUUUUGAUUAAAUUGUAAUCUGCAUAAGCCGUAAUACAGCUAGUGAUAUUCUGAGCGAAAUUGCAAUUUCUCUCCCCAGGGUGAAGGAAGUAUCUAAGAUGCUUAGCGGCACCUCACCACCAGAUGGAUCAAAGUGCCCGGUAUGCAAGACAAUUUGGUGUUCUUUGAUUUUCGCUCCUGAGCUCUUUUUGUAUGUUCACCCAACUUUUUAGCGAACAUUUUGUGCAAUUUUUAGUUUUGGAAAAUUUGGUGUUCAAUCAAAAAUCUUCCUCGGAUGUUUCCAAGAAAGAGUAGGGAUUCAUGCAACUCCGCUCUUAUUUUGAGAAUAAUUUUUGUAUUACUAUAGUGAUAAUAAUGUUAUCCUCAUUUAUCUUAGGUUGUCCGCCAGAGGUCCUGCUCGGCACCAAACAGCCCUGAAUCCAAACGGCGGAGUCGUCCACCGCCGCUGGAACUUUCUCCACCGCCCGCCAAACGGGUGGAGCCCUUUUUGUCCAAGCUGAGUCCUAUUCCGUCACCGACACUUGCCUUUAAUAAAGGAAACGAAGGGAGCGAUGAAUUCAAGUCAAACGCGAAAUUGUCACGAAAACUAACCCGCAGUUUCCGAAGGCGCCUGUCCUCCAAGGGGAAGCCCGGACAUCGGUAUAGCACCUCCGACGUUCUGGAUGAUCGAGGAAGAACCACUUCUCCUCCGUUAUUCCAGGAUGAUUUGGCAGUUUGGAAGACUACGGAGAAAGCCGAUUUUGUCGCCACUCUCGGUCGUACUGAGCAUGGUGGUAAGGUCAAGAAAGGAAUUCUUCGCAAGAUCGCGCGCAACAACUCAUUCAGGAGAAAGUCAGAUACUAGUUUGAACAGAAACAAAUCAAAGAAAUCUAUGGAGAUGGAUGGAAGGAUAGGAUCACAUGAUGGUUAGAGCAGAUAUUCUUAAGUUUAUCCUUUCGAUAUUUAAGUUAUUCAUGAUGUAUGUUCGAUUGGUCACUACCUGUAUAGUAUAAUUAACAACUAUUCACGGAAAUGGAGGUGGCUAGUGGUGGAUAUUUACCUCUAGCGUCGAGGUAAAUAUCCACCGCUUGUCAUCGACGUUGUGGUGAAUAGUUGCAUAAGUAUAUUUUUAAAAACCAGUGAGAUAGCAUAGCACAAGAAGAUGAUUUUACUCAUAUAAUCCUAUUUAAUUACAAUAUUUGAGGAAGCAAAUCUCGCGCAAGGUGCUCUGAGGUGAAUAAAAAAGUAUAUUCUGAGUUUGGUUAGCCAAUCAGAACGCGACUUCAACGCUAUUUACAGUAGAAUGUACUAUCGCAAUUAAGUAUAGGUUGCUCUCUGUUCGAGGAGUGUUAAAAUCGUUGAAUCAAGAAAGAGGGCGUUCAAAUUUUUGGGAUGAUUUUGUGUUCGCUUCACCCUUUCACCCUCAAGAGUUGUUGAGAAAGGGUGAUGGAAAGAAAGGAAAACAUCAGCCAACGAACUUUGUUUGAUUUAAUACUUAAUUACAUCCAUUUUGAUACCGCUGGUGAUUCUUACAAUCUGGUUUACUCUCAUCGGUGCGAGUUGUUCACGAAUCGCAUCAUUCUUUGGUGGCCAGUGAGUAAGCUUUACUAAAACACAACAACCGAUUAGGUAUCAGAGUAACCAAUCAAAUUGCUGAGAAAUGAAAUUGGAAUUUUGCAAAUUUUUUAGAAACAGCUCAGUACUAUAUCAAAAAAAUAUUUGUACGGACUUAAAAUCCUGAGUUUUAGUUACUGAAUUUGCGAUUUGAAAAUAGUAAUUAAACUUGGUGAUCUUAAAAUCACGCGUAUGAUUUUAGACCAAAUUGCACUUCACUCAGUUCAAUUUACAUUAUAAAUUCUCGGGACAUUAAGUUAUAAGAGGGGUAUGACAGACGGUGAGGAGAAUGUGUGUUGAGUGGAGUGGAAGGGUUCUGAUGCUUUGGUGUAGUCUUUAUCAGUGUUCGUAAUUAGUUCACGAUCGACAUGGAACACCCAAUAUAUAUACAGUAGUUUAGUAACCUAGCUGGCAGUUUUUAAAAAGUCGUGUACAUAAAACCUUUUUUUCUCUUUAAUUUUAUCAUUUAUUGCAGACCUGACCAAGGCCUUGAAUCAAACAAAGAUAGUCAGCUAUGCUCACCCUCAGGGACCCGCCCAGUGGAAAAAUACCGGCCAGAAGCUCAUCCAGGGUACUGAAGAAUUGGGUGCGCUGGAGGUGUUCCUUAUGAAUAAGGUACCAAUAUCUUUCCUCAGCUAAUAGACAGACUGGCAGACCGACAGACAGACAGACACAAACAACGUGAACGACAGAAAAAUACAUACACACAGAGAUAUUUUUACAGACAAACAGACAGAAAGAGAAAGGCAUACAGGCAUAGUUAAUCGGAUUUCAGUAUAUUCUGCUUUUUCAUGGAGAUCAUUUGCCUUCUUUUUUAUUUUUCUAGGUGUCAAGUUUGAAUAAAGAAGAAAAUAAGCGUGAUACAAUCGUUGACCGCGUGUUUAGAAAAGCUCUUCAAGAAUUUCACGUGCAACUCAUUUCAUCGUACUCCGUUCUCAUGAAGGUAUAUCAAGCGUGGCAUAGUAAUACUUAAUUCAUUUUUCGUUAGAUACCUUUCCGCUAUUCAGUCAACGAAAUAUUCAGUUUUACAACUGUAUGUGGCUUUUUCUUUUCUAGGAAGACAAAUCGUUAACUCUGAAUUAUGAAGACUUGAUGGGUCAGUUUGAAUUCACUCUGACAAAGACGAUCAAAAGCGAACGCAUCAGUGCCAGUUUUCCUGCAAUUCUGGGUGUGAACGCUUUCGGAGGGGUGCUGUCCGAGUUCAUCGCGUCAAGGUGAUUGACUUUCUCGUCUGUCAUUCUAUAACCAGUCAUAGCAGUCGUUAUAACUGUUAGUCACUUGUUUGAAGGCAUAGAAACAACGCGGUUAUACUAUAAAGUUUAUAAGGCGUAGUAGCUUGUGACAUCCAAACGAGGCUUACUAACUUGUGACCUCUAAACAAGGCUGAGAGACAAAUUGCACCUAAAGAAAGCUUAGAAGGAAAGGAAAUACAAACGAAGCUGAUAAAAAAGGGUAUGGGAACGACGUUAGGAAACGGAUGGCUUGUAAGCAUGAACAGCUAAAACAAUGACAUAUUGAAAAAUGGAGGGAAAAAAAUGGAAUGACUUGCUAACUAGUCUUUUGAUUUAAAAAAUUUAGUAUUGAAUUGAGAUGUUACUGCCUUCUUAUACUGUGGCCCAUGUCGAUUCCACAAGGUUUAUGCUCUUUUCCAACUUCGUUAAGCAGGUUCACUCAAUUUGUUUUUUUUUUUCCCGUACAGAACACGACCGGAAAAACAGACCAAGGAAACCAGGGUAAAAAAAACUAAUAGAAGGAAGUAGAUAGUGGACAGUUCACAGAUUAUCACGCCGCUAAGGCGGUGGCGAGGGUUGUGCGAGGUUACCCAGUUCGGAUUAACGUGGCGUUGAUUUUGAUUUUUCUCAUUUUUCUUUUCCGUAGCAUCAAAAGAAAGCUCAUUUGAAGAAGCGAAAACCAUCUGAGCUCACGGUGAGGAUUGUAAAUAAGACACGUAUCAAUGUCUUUUGUUUUUCUCUUUCUUCUGUCGUUAAAAUGUAAUUAAUUGAAAGGAAACCCUUGAAUAAUUAUUAGCCCGAGUAACCAACAACCUUGAUAGUAAGGACCGAAAAUUGUUCCAGAUUUGAUUAGUUAGAAAUUGUUCUUUUGAUGGCGUUAUCUUCUCGUUGAAUUAUUGCUUGGGGGAAAAGAAAAGAAAUAAGGAUAUAUCAAGGAUGGAGGUUUUUUUUUAGCCUUCGUGCAGUGCUGAAGAUUCUUCAUGACUUGGGAAAUUUUACAGUAAAUGAACAGUAUUCCCAGCCAAUUUUAUUUGUUGUAUUUUAUAAUUACUAUUUAAUACUAAUCCUUAAUACUCUUUGUUCAUCCUUUGCAAACUAUGAAGUGAAAGACUCAACUUAUUUCGUGCGUUGUUCCCUCAAUUCCCCAUUGCGCAAUAAAAUUCAAAUUGCCCUAUCAUUAAGUUAUGUACAUAUAUUAAAUCAGCCAAUAAGAAUUUUUCGGUAAGGCUUUCAUCAGCAGCACUCGAAAAGAGGUGAAGUAAUUCCUGUGCCAUAUCUUCGUUUCACCGUGCUAUGUAGCGCAAAUUUUAUGGCGUUUGCCUCACCGAGCGACCAGCCCACUACCAGGCUGAGAAGGUGGUCUAGUAUAGGAUUACGGAGUCGUACAUCAAGCGCAGAAACUAUUUCGGUAUGCUUGUCGCUAAUUAAUUGCGCUAAUGAAAUGUAAUGAAAAUUAGCGCCGAUCGGUGAUCUUUAGACUGUUGUUACAUUUUCAAUUUGUGCGGGCGAUCAAAUUAAUCUGGUUUUUUGUUUUGUUUUUUCAAUAUUUUUUAAACAAUCUUGUUUUGCUUUGAAGUUUAGUUUGAUUAUGGCAUAUAGUGACGUUCUUGACACCCUGUUUUGUUGAAAAAUCUCGUUUUGAUUUGCUUUUUUCAUUUAUCUUGAUUUCAUUUACUGUUCAGCGUUUAUUGUAUCGUUCCGUCUACUCUUACAUCGUUUGAAGACUCCAAGUUUAAUUAAUUUUUUUUUUCAAUGAAAUAGCUUUGUUUUGAUACAACUACAGUAUGAUUAUCGUCGAUGUAGUCUUUUCAACAAUAUAGUUUCGAAUCCAUUGCUACCUCAUAACCAAUCUCGCCCCAAAUUUCUCAUUGAACGGCUCUUUACUGAAUAUGGACGAUUAAUUUCUUCAAUUUUUUUCGCCUUUAGUACGCCACAUGGUUCAAUUAAAACCUGCACGUUAGAGUCGAAUCGGUUGCGAUUGUCUGAAAUUUUGGACUGAGCUGAACUGUAUAGUCGUCCCCAUGUUCGUUCCGAGUCCAGUCACGUAUUAACAAUAGAUUCUUUUCCGUUGAAUAUCUUCCCUAGCGACAUUUGAACGAGAAAAUGUCGCUCCAAGUGCUGUCUCCUUGACAUUAAAAACUAGACACUUCACCUCACGAUUUUGGAGGAAGAUAGUAAGCUUGGUAACUAUUGCUUUCAUUCUAGUUUUGUUCCACAUGUUUUGAUAAAUAAUGUCUCUUCUUUAUUGCAGGAGUUCAAUGGUCAUAGAUUCUCUACCACUCAAUUCAGUAUACCAACAUUUUGUGAGCAGUGCGGAGGGUUUAUAUGGGGAUUGGACAAAGGAUUCGUAUGCCAAGGUACCACACCUACUUUCUUAAUUUUGAUGAUUGUUUCAGAUUUGUCAUUAAAAGCACUGCCCAAUAUUUUGUCUUUGUAGCUAUGUUACUUUAAAUUGACGAUCGACAAGUCAGCUUUUUUUGCACAUUUUUGAUACGCAAAAGAAUACGAAAAUGACUUGCUAAGUGUCAUGUAUUCAGUAUUUUGUUGAUUGAGAGCACUGCAAGAUAGUCUAUAUAGGAGGGAAUCCAGUGGGCUUUUUACACAAAAUGUAACAAAGUAAGUAAAUGCGAGACUAUUGGGCGACGAGUUAGUGACGGAUCUAUGGAUCUAUGUAACUGUUUUUGUUCCUUUCCGUCUGGUUAUCAUCUGUUGUACAAGCAGGAAACUAUCCAAAUGAUGUAGGUCGCGUAGGCCCUGGGUACCCAUUCUUUAUAAUGUGUCGCAAAAAGCGACAUGGUAGAAAUAUCGGAUUUCAUUUGAAAGUGUCGAUCUUCGUAACUUCUUUUGUAUCAUCUCUCGUAGAGUGCAGAUUCACUUGUCACAAAAAGUGUCACACCAAGUCUCAGAACAUUUGUAGGAAGGGAACGAACAGAUCUAAAGGAAAGGUAAGGUGCCCUUAUACCAAGGUGACCUCUUUGGGCCGGUUAUUUGAACUAGUUUAGCAGUUGUUUAACAAAACCGCGUUCUAAGCCAUCUUCGAUUCAGCCGAACUUUCUAUCUGAACAUUUAAUUUUGUGCACAGUGUCAAGAAAGCCGAAGGCUAUUUAUGGAAGGACAUCUAUUUAAUUAAAUUAACCUUCUCACAGAGAACCGCUGAGGCCCAUUCUUUCGUAAAACAGCGGUUUGGGAUAGACCUCGUGUAAAACCGGCCCUAUCACUUUGUGAAGGUGUUUUGGAAUUUAGAAUUACAGAAUUGCAGAUGUUAACUCAAGUUUAGCUCUGUUAUUUUCUUGUGCCUUAUUUAAUGUGAGUUUAUUGUCUCUUUCAGACGGAACUGUUCGGCGGUGAUCUAUCAGACCUUGUAUCAAAUGAAAACUCUGUACCACCAUUAGUAGACAAACUCAUUCAAGAUAUUGAAGCCAGAGGUGAGUAACUUGGUUAUUGUCGUUACCUACCAACAAUUCUUUGAAGUAGAUUAAAAAAAGAAAAUAAAUAAAUAAAGCAUUAAUAACUGUAGCUGCGGUACGAGUGCUGACGAAGGAAAAGUUGGUUCCAGUCCAAGGAUGAAUGGUUGACGGACGUAUCAUCGAAUCGUUCAUUUGGUACUUAAAUUACUUCUUGAAAUCAGAGAAAGUGGCGAUGAGGACAGAGGAAGAGCUUUGUUUGACUGCAAUGAAGGCUAAUGCAUUUUUUUUCCUUUAUAUGCUCAUUUAUUUAUUUUUAUUUUUAUUAUAUUCUCCUGUUUAUAUUCUUGUACAUUUAUUUAUUCUUUUUCCCUGAAUACAAAGGUUUAUACAGUGAGGGCCUCUAUAGAAAGUCACCGAGCAAUGUUGCAGUAAAAAAGCUUAAGAACGACAUUUGUACCUUGGGUAAGUGGUGAUUUUACUGAUUGCUACAUAUUCUAGAUAUAUGUUUUAGAUAUUUCAAUUCCAAUGUGGCAAGCUUUGCCAGGUAACUAUGCUGCGCUACAGUGACGUCAUGAAUGAUAAUCUACGUCACGUUGCUUAGAAACCGUAACGCAAACAGGGUCUCAACCACUUCGCGGAAGAUGAAAGAGUGACAGUUUUAAUCCCCUCGUCUCUUUAUGAGACAGUUUGGUUGGUCUUAUGGUUAGAGAAUUGGACUCCGGAACGUUAGGUCUGGGUUAGUGCCUAGGCCGUGUUGUUUUCGUGCUGUGUCUUUCCAACCUGGAGUAAACAACACGAACCACUUUUCAGUCUCUUCUAUGUACAUUUAUUGUUUUUAUAGUAAAAAGAAAAUGCGCGUUAACCGAAAGAUAUGAAUUUUCUGUUCUCGCGGCACGAAUAAUGUCCCACUCUUGAGUUAUUUAUUGCCCUUGCCACUCGAACAUAAAUUUCAUAUCUUGUCGCUACCGUGUAAUAUCCUCUAUAUCAUUUGAGUUAUUAAUGUAACUUAGCCACCGUAGAGAGUUCUUAAAGCUGGUAUUUCGAGCGUCAGCCCUUCGUGAGCAAAUGGUUGACUCAGAUUAUCAUCCUUUCCGUCCAUGGGGAGAAGAAAUACUCCCAAUUGUAACCCUAUUGUAAGGAAACGUUGUUUAAUUUGGGCAGUAAUCCACCACGCUUGAAAGACUUUCCUACUUACCUGUAUUGGUAUACGGCUUAUUAAAGACGGCUUUUGUUUGCAGGAAUUGAAAAUGUAUCAUUAGAUGAAUACACUGUACAUGUCGUAGCUGGCGUUUUGAAGCUGUUCUUCAGGCAGCUGGCUGUUCCCGUCAUUGCUGCUGAUUUUUACACGGAUUUCAUACGCACUUCAGGUCAGUUCACGCAUAUCAUCUGUUGUUAUGCCCUCUAUACGGUUGUCUCGUGUUGUGUUGCUUCCGUGGCCAGAUUCUAAUCGACGAUCAAUUUGAUUUGGUUAGUUUUGUUGCUGCAGCUGUGAUUUAAACCACCGCCUGCUGCGGUCAAAGAUAGGUGCACAAACAAAUUUGUCUCACUGCUUUGCAUUAUUUUGUCGCAGAACUAACCGAUGAAAAGUUACGUCUGCAAGCUCUUUACAAUCUGGUACAAAAGUUACCUCGGGCCUGUCGAAACACCCUGGAGAGACUUGUUUUUCAUCUUGCCAGGUAAGAUCGUUAAACUAUUUGUAAAUACUACUUUAAAUUGGAGUACUGAUUUAGCUUUCCGCCAAUUUGAUAGAAAAACAGCGUCUGAGGCGUUGCGGUUAACUGAAGUUUCUUGAGUUUAUUUAUCAGUGGCGGAUCUAGGGGAGGGGCUUGGGUGGCCCGCCCGCCCCGUCCCCCCUCCCCUUAGCUUAAGGUCUGGAUCCGCCACUGAGUAUGUUUUUGAAGUUUAGGCCAAACUUAACACCAACGUGAAAUAAUCGCACGAUUUCACCCAACUUAUGAUGAGUAAAAUAAAUUUACCAAAUAAAUUUUCUUCUUUUUGUCUUGUAGAAUAACACAACAACAGGAGGUGAACCUUAUGAAUGCAAAUGCCCUGGCAAUAAUUUGGGCACAGUGUAUUAUGGCCACACCCCCCGGAAUGAGCGCGUUGGAAAUCAUGCAAGACGUUAGUAAACAGACCAAGUAAGUGUCCACAUUCUGGUGAGAUUCACAUACUUAGGUAAAAUUACAAUCCAGUGGCGGAUCCAGACCUUGAACUAAAAGGAAGGGGGGGGGGGGCGGUUUCUUGUCGCUUGCCCUGCCGGCUUCUCUUCCUACUACGAUUCUUUUUUUUUUUUUUUUUUUUCUUUUACCCAAAAUUAGGAAGGGGGGGGCGGGCCCCUCGGAACCUUCCCUAGGUCCGCCACUGCAAUCAAACAAGUCGCAGAAAGUGAAGCCGAAAAAAGAACUCAGCCUUCGAAGAGGUUUUGAAACCUUCCCAUUCACAGAGGUUUCUCGUUUUGAGUAUGUUUUGCGAUCUCUUUAAUUAUAACAUUUGAUUUCUAAUUUGUUAGAUGUCUUGAAACCCUCAUUCUUGGUCAGUUAUCCAAGAUCCGAGCGACAAUCAACAACAUCCGGGAAAUUGAUAACGCGUCAGAAUCUGCUCACAAACGUUUGUCCAUGUUGAACGUUAAUGAAAGAGAGGUAACUUAACAAUCGUUUGGAUUUCAUGUGUCGUUAUUUUGUAGUUAGACAACCACGUCGAGGGUCGCGACGAUGAUGUUGCUGUAGCUGUUGUGUGACCAUGCCUGUCACGUUAUCGUUAUUAUACUGUGACUAUGCCGUUCAUUUUGUGACGACUAUUUUGUGGCCUUGCCUGUUGGGGUACUGUGACUGUUGUUUGAACGUUCCCGUAUUGUUACAGUAACGCUGUGUUGCCUUGGAUUUUAUGAGAUUGUGACUGCAACCCGUAAUGUUAUGCAGACUAUUGCAUGAGUUUACCUGUUCUGUGAGUGUGAAUGUUGUGUGACAUGUCUCUAGUGUGUUGUUUUGACUGCUGCGUGACUGUGCUUGUUAUGUUGCUCAGCUUUUUAUGUGAAUGUCCCUUUUGUAUACUGUACUUGUUGCGAGAUCAGCGUAGGACGUCAGCAUGUAAAACACGUCAGCGUGUCAAACAGUUGGUUUCGAUUCUUUCAAAGAAGAUCAUUGAUUGACUUUUACGCCCACUGAUACGCUUCUCUGAUCACAGGAUGAGGGUUUGGUAGAGAACGAUCUAGAAGGCGAAGAAGAGGAAAAGCGUCUUCUCACGCAGCAGUUAGAUGAACUUCGAGAACAGAGGUGAGAAUAUUAUCUCUUUAAUGUACGCAGAAACGUGUGAGACGUAAUAACAUGACUUAACGCGCUGGACUCGGGAUUCAGAGCCCCAGGUUCAAGCCCCAGCGGCGUCACUGUUUUGUGUUCUUGAGUAAGACAGACCACUCACAAUACCGCUCCUUACCCAGGGUUAUAAAUCAAGGGAGCUUAUCAAACAUUCUGCUACUUGUAAAUCACUCUCUACGUGAUAGGCAAUCGGCACGCCCUUUUACUUUCAUCGGUGAUCAAAAUGUAAGUUGUCUCCAGUAUCCAUACUUCGCACUAGAAACAACUGAAUAAUGAGAGUAAUAAAAACUCAGUGGGGUGCUGUUUGGCGCUACUUCGAACGGGGAGGUCACACAUAAUUUUAGGACGUAAACGGUUUACUGGAGGGGAGAGGUGGUUGGGGUAGGUUCGAUACAGUGAUUAUCAAGUUUUGGCAAGUUUUGGUAGUGGUGGACUUCUGAGUUGUAGACAAAAUUUUAUUUUCAGUAUUGUAUAUUAUUUUUUUUUCUUUUAGAGCUGUUUUGACAGCCAAACUGAUAAGCUUGGAGCCCCGUAGGGGGGGAGACAGUGGAGAAGACAUGACUAGUGAUGAUUGUCAAACAGAUGACGACUUAGAGGUAACUGAGGAGGAGAGAGUGGAAGAGUACGCAGUUUCCUUUGACCUCCCUGGUGAGUAGGAAAUGAGCCUUAAACACUUUAGUUUGCUGGCUGUCACUCCCGUAAAGUCCCUUAAUCCUUUCACCCCCAAGAUCUCAUUACUAAUUCUCCUUGCUGUCUGUCAUACAAUUCUUAUGAUGUUGGUUCGGAGAAUUUGGCAUUGGAUCGACUACUGAUCCCCUAACUCGGUGAUAUUUGUCUUUAUUCUCAUCACUUUUCUGCUUGAUAUUGAAUUGACACCAUAAGGAGAAAUUCUACCUUGGUCACUUAUGAGAGUUAAAAGUUUAAAUUUUUUUUCUUCUAGAAAAGAUUAACUCGUAUGUUUUUGUCGUCAUUAAUGUUCUUAAUCCGUUGAUGAGAAAAGGUAAAUGUCUUAAUAAAAGGGUCUCCUCUGGAUAAAACACCAAAUUCUCGGGAAAAAAGUCAAAGAGAAUCGUAGAAUAACAAGAAAGGAGAACUGAUAACCAGAUAUUGGGAGUGAAAAUGCUUAUUCAGUUAGAGUUAGAGCCACGAAAAGGUUUUCCCCGUGCGAAAUUGUGACAAAAAGAGAGAAUUCGAAAAUAAUGACGGUUUUUAUCGUUUCAAAGGUCCUAGAGCAACAUAACGAAGCCUGAAAGCGAAACAGAAUUGAAAGUCUGAUGGAGUGAUUUAAUUCUUCUUACUGUCAACCAUACAAUUCUUACAGUGUUAGUUCAGAGAAUUUAGUAUUGGAUCAACUAAUUAUCCCCAAAUUGAUAUUUGUCUUUAUUCUCAUCACUUAUCUGGUUGAUAUUGUAUUGAUAUUGUAGCGGAAAAUUCUGUCUUGGCCACUCAUGGGAAUUCAAGGGUUAAUGUAUGCAUCGUUCAUUUAUUGUCGAAUGGUGGACUUGAACAUUUGAAAUGUGUUGGAAUUAAUGAUGCGUGUUUUUGAAAAUCUUUCUAGACACUUAACCCUAUGACCCCUAAGAGUUACUAGCAUCUAAUCUCUCCUUACAAUAUCACCACUGAAUCAAACAUUAAGUUAAUGAGAAUAAGGGAAAUGAUCACCAACUAAAGAAGCUCUUGAUUGUUAAACAAAUUCUUAGGAAAUGUAUGUAGAACUGUGUGGAGAAUAUGCAUACUGAUGCUAGGGUUUGAGGGGUUUAACAGUUCAACGAAGAUGUUUUGCUUUCCUGCUUCUCUCAGUUUUAUUUUUUUGUAUACUCCUUGUGAUUUGUCCGUCGAUCAUGGCUAAGGUUUGAUGUAAUUUUACUUCUUCGUUUCAGCCACCCCGGUCCAGUUAGUUCAUCUUACAAAGAACCGCGUCAAACAACCAGUUGUCAAGCGGCGGAGGCCAACAAGGGCCAAGCUACGCGAGCAUGCAGUUCUGAGAUGAAAUAUUCUGUGACUUGUAAUCUGCAGAGAGGGUUACAAUUGUGACUUCAGUGAAGGGCAAGCGACAAUCAUUCUUCACUGGUUUUGGAGUUUGCCAAUUCCUUAUCGUUCACGGAAGCCUUUCAGGGUAAAAGUCAAGUAAGAGGUCAUGCGACGUGUUUUUUGUAAUAAUAGUGACCGAGGAUGUCGACCAGUGAGACUAGGAUGAUUUUACGCACUCAGAAAAAAACACGGAUGAAUAACGAUUGCAGAUAUCGCCUCAGCGAAUUGUCUCUUUGAUUUCGUUGGUCGCAGGAACCACAGGGCUUUCCUUAACUCAACGUCACAUAGACCGUCAGGCAAGUCCACGUGAGGUAGUCUUUUGCGAGAUGGGACGUCACGCAACUAUCUGAGAGGACUCUUGCAGAUGCGGUGUCUUACACUAAGUAAUCUAAGAAUCUCAGCGAUAGACUCAACUAAAAUACGUCUACUGCAAUUCAUAGACGCCAUUGUUAUUGAGAACGAACAUUCAUUAGAUAUUCAUUCAUUACUUGAUUUUGAAGAGAUUUUUUAAAAUUGAAUCUUAUAUUGCUGCUUUAACAUGUCGAGUAAACGUGAUUUGGUGCAUUUCUUGACAAUGCUCAAUUCUGAUAUCAUUCAAGACUGAUUUCUAGAGCUUAAAAAAUAAGUAACUUGGUACGGGGCGGAAUCUUAUGUUGGUAAUAAUUACUAGGGUUUUUCGAGGGAUAAUGCUUGUGAAACUUCGUCAUGCCAACCGAGUGUGAAAUUGAAGUGUAAUUCGAACUUUUGUAGAUGCAACCUCUUUCACAGGGUCUCGAAGGGAAGGGUGACCAGGGAAACCUUGGGCAUGAGGUUGUUAUAAAGCUGUGGCGCAGGCGCCAAUUUAAUACGCUCAAAGCCUCAUGGAAUGGAUGCAAUAAUAUUAGAAAAAAAGGUGAAGAAAAGAAUCAAAUAAUCUUGAAUCUACAUUGCAACAGCAAUGAGCUUUGCGUGCAGUAAUUAAAACAAUCAAAAUAAUUUUCCUUGUUUUCAAUGCAAGGAGCCAAUAUCAUAGAUAGAUAAAUAAGGAAGUGUUUCAACCUUUUUUAUUGAAACUGUACCCAUCAACCUUGUAUUGGAUAAAUGGAUGAUACAAUUAUAUUGAAAAAUGAAAUUAUUCUAUUAGAUGUAGGUAGAGGAAAAAGGGAUGAAAACGGCCUGAGGAGACUUUUUUUUUUUUUUUUUUUUUUUUCAUAGGCAUUAAAUGUCCUUAGCUUGCAGGCCAUUUGAAUCAUUUUACUUGGGCAUACGCAAACCAACUAUGAAGUCAAAAAAUUGUAACAAAAUAUUAAUUCCAUAUGGUAGGAGUUAUUUAAUUUAUACGUAAUGUUGAAAAUUGGUUAAUGAACGGCUUCCAUUAGUUUUGUACGCGGUCUAUUGUAAUAUAUUUGCUCGUACAUGUUCUGAUCUUGCUGUCAUGCGAUAUAAGAUGAGGGUGGCAAUUUUAAGAGAGUG